UUUUCUCAUACGAUCCGCGCGCAUAUACGCAUCAUUUUGUUUGCACCUUCUUUUUCGUCGCUAGUCAACGGAUUACCAUGGAUAUAGAUACGCCAGCCGCAACCACGUCAACCGCUCGCGCGGCUACGAAUGUGCCACGCAACGGGCCUACCCCAGCGCCCCGGACGAUAGCUGCGACAGCAUCGGCCGCUGCACCGGCCACCGCACCAGCAACAACGCCGGCACCUGUACCGGCAAUCGCGCCUGCAGCGGUCCUACCCUCCGCACCUCGUGGUGGCACGCGACCACCACCAAUCCCAUCACAGAUUACGGAGCCCCGUCGGAUAAGGUGUCCCAUCUGUCGACGCCCUCAUCGUCUCCACCAUUGUGGAAUAUUUAGGGGUAUGCGGCCUUUGCAACGGCAGCAAGUUGCUCAGGCCCACGGGCAUUGCAUCAACUGCCUGUCGCACACUCAUGCAACUACCGAGUGUGAGUCACGUGGGUUGUGCCAAAUGUGCCACCGGCCGCACCACACGCUGCUACACCGCAGCUCGUCACGCGAGGUGAAUCGGCCACCCAUCCAUCGCGGCCGCACACCCCGAUUCCAACCGUCAGCUCGUGCCGCACCCCAGCGGAGCGGAACAUCACUGCGGCGUCGACAGCCGGGGUCACCAUCUCGUCGUCCUACGGGGCUGAGCAGCGUUGUGGCAACGCUGCAACAGCUGCAACGCCUUUUAGGCUAAACAGUCGUUUAGGGGGGCCGGGAUGGCUAAAUGAGCAUCUGACCCCCCUCUUAAUAUAAUAACAUAUACACCCCACAAUACACACCUUACUCAACACAUCAUCUUCUCACCGCAUACACACCAUACUCAACUCAUCAUCUUCUCACCGCAUACACACCAUACUCAACUCAUCAUCUUCUCAUCGCACACACACCAACUCCACACAUCAUCCUCUCAUCGCACACACACCAACUCCACACGUCAUCAUUUCAUCCCACACACACCAACGCAUCACGAAUUCAACACACAUGAGGACACCGCACAAAAAAUAACAAAAGGGACCGACGGACUAGGCACCACGCUUUUUCUCAUACGAUCCGCGCGCAUAUACGCAUCAUUUUGUUUGCACCUUCUUUUUCGUCGCUAGUCAACGGGUGAGUACAUUAGUACAUUGGUACACGGUAUCAGCGA